UCACACAGUUGUGCUAGGAGCAGCUGAAUCACCAGAUCAUUUUUCUGGGUGUCUCCUCUCUGCUCAGACAUCUGCAUCUCUUUGGUAUUGCUUCAAUCAUGAGCACGAUUCUGGGGAUUCUUCUCUCCUGGACGCUGGUGGCUUGCAUAAAAGGGGCAGAGAAGCCUCCUAGACCAGCACCUGCAGCAGGGUUUCAGGACUGUAAGAAAGCCCUGAAGCUUCCUGGUCUGGAGGUCCUGCCUGGUGGGGGCUGGGACAACCUGAGGAACUUGGACAUGGGGAGAGUGAUCAACCUGGGCUACUCACUGUGCAGGACCACGGAGGACGGGUAUUAUAUCAUCCCAGAUGAGGUCUUUACUAUCCCUCGCAAGCAGAGCAACAUGGAGAUGAACUCGGAGAUCAUGGAGUCCUGGAUGGAUUACCAGAGCACCACCUCUGCCUCCAUCAAUGUGGAGCUCUCCCUUUUUUCCUCUGUCAAUGGCAAGUUCUCCAGUGACUUCCGCAGGAUGAAAACCCACCAGGUAAAGGACCGGGCUGUAACAACCAGGGUUCAAGUCAGGAACCUAUUCUAUACUGCCAAGUUUGACCCUGGGGCAGCCCUGGAUGAAGGGUUCCAGAAGCAGCUGUUCACCAUUGCCAGCCACUUGGAAAACAACCAGACCCGGAUGGCUGACUUCCUGGCAGAGAUCUUGGUACUGAACUAUGGCACUCAUGUCAUAACCUCAGUGGAUGCUGGAGCCAGCCUGGUGCAGGAAGAUCAAAUCAAGACCACCUUCUUCAAGGAUAGUUUGUUUAUGUGGAGUGCCAUUACUGCCUCAGCACGGGCCUCCUUCCAUGAUGUUGUUGACUUCAAGGAGAGUGGAUCGGUGGCAAUGCAAGACAGCUUUACCAAGCAGUACCUGGCCAACCGCACCAAUUCCAGGAUAGAGAGUAUUGGAGGCAUCCCUUUUUACCCUGGUAUCACGCUCAAGACCUGGCAAGCGGGCACAACCAACCAGCUGGUGGCUAUUGACCGCUCUGGCCUGCCUUUACAUUUCUUCAUCAACCCAUACUGUUUGCCAGGUCUACCCAACCCUACGGUGAAGAGGUUGGCCAGGAAGGUGGAAUCAGCCAUCCGCCGCUACUACACCUUCAACACCUACCCUGGUUGUACUGACCCAUCCUCAUCCAACUUCAACUUCCAUGCCAAUGCAGACGAUGGCUCCUGUGAGGGAGCUGAGACCAACUUCACAUUUGGUGGUGCCUACCAGGAGUGUGCCCAGCUUGAGGGCCCUGACACUGCGGUGCUGUGCCAGGGGCUGGAGCAGAAGAACCCACUCACUGGGGCAUUCUCCUGUCCCGUGGGCUACACCCCAGUCCGACUGAGCACCCAGGAGCGGGAAGAAGGCUACAGCCAUUUGGAGUGCCACAACAACUGUGUGCUGGGCUUUUGCUGCAAAAGAGUUUGUAGGGACGUGUUCUGGCUCUCCAAGGUGCAGUUCAGUGCCUACUGGUGUGCAAGAAGACAGGCCCUUGGGAACUCCGGAUACCUCUUUGGUGGCCUGUUCAGCAGCAGGAGUGUCAACCCCCUAACUAAUGCCCAGUCCUGUCCUUCUGGUUACAUCCAGCUGAGACUCUUUGACCAGCUCAAACUGUGUGUCAGUACGGAUUAUGAAGCAGGGCUCCGGUACUCAGUGCCUUUUGGAGGGCUCUUCAGCUGUGAGAUGGGGAACCCUCUGGCAGGAAACCACAAGGGAACGCUAGAUGACCCCUAUGUGAAGCGAUGCCCAGCUGGAUUCAGCCAGCACUUGGCACUGAUCAGCGAUGGGUGCCAGGUGGAGUUCUGCGUUCAGGCCAACCUCUUCACUGGUGGAUCUCUGCCUCCUGCACGGCUACCUCCGUACACUCGCCCACCAGCCAUGAGCCUGGUGGCCACUGACACUGUCCUGGUGACCAGUGGUGAUGGGCAGCACUCCUGGAUUAAGGAUGCCCAGACCCAGCUCUGGCGACUGGGGGACCCAUCUGAGGUACAGCACAACAUAAAGCUGAGUGGGGGCUCAGGCAGGGGACUGGCAGGAGGGAAGGUGGCUGGCCUUACAGUAGCUAUUACCACUGGCCUGGCUGGCCUCAUUGCCCUGGCUGUCUAUGGCACUAGGAGGUAUAAGAAAAGAGGGUACUGCACGGUGGCGGAAGGGCAGGGCCUGAUCCCAGAGAGAGCCGAGUAUAGUGUGGAGGCUGAGCUGGGCAAGAGCUACCAACAGGAUCCUGAGAGUGAAACAGCUUGAGUUUCCCCUCACCCUUUGCCCCUUGUUUUUAGCUGCUUCUAAAAGCUUUCUGCCACCCCAGGCAGAGCUGCAAGCUUCUUCCACCCAUCCCCUUCUUCCCCAGCCACCCCUCCUGGCAGAUCCCCCUCUGUGGUAGAGCUAAGCCCCUCCACCCUACUGCACAGAGCCACAGAAUCACUGGCCUUCCCUUGCCCUCCACUAGGCAGAACCACAAGACACCCCCCCCCCCCCCCACCCCCCCCCCCCCCCCCCC